GUCUGUCUGGGAAUACAUCUGGCACGAAUCGAGCUACGACUAGCCACGGCGAUGUUCUUCCGUCGGUUUCCACAGGCACGCGUGUCGAGCCGCCAUGGGAUGAGCGAGGCAGAUAUGGUGAUGGAGACCUUCUUCCUGAUGGCGCCCAAGGGGCAUCGGUGUCUGAUCGAGGGGCGGGUUUCGCAGCAGAAGGUUCAGUCUUAGGCGGUCGUUACUCUUAUACUCUGGAUGAUGAUGAUGAUCUUCAUGAUGAGGAUUCAAUAGCACACUGCCGUAGGUUGCAGAUGCUUGCAGUGGAUCAUAUAACGAGUAGAUGUAAUAUGCCAUCGGGGUGUCAUCCUAUGGGUUUCCCCGCACUCAGCAGCAACUAAGCUUCCCCGCUUCAACCGCACCUCACCAAACAAGUAACACAACAACACAACAACACAACAACACAACGCACUACAACACACCACAACGCACCGUUGCACAAACCACAUUCAUCCACAACCAUGUCCAGCACGUCCAACACCAAGCCCCUCAGCGAUCGCGAGGCACUGGCCUUCCGCCAAAUCCCUACCAUGACCUUCUCCACCGCCACCAACCCUCUAACCGCGCCUCUUGCCCCCGACCCGAGCGCCGACACGCCAUCCCUCCGCGCCGCAUCGCGCUUCGCCGUCCCCGGCAGAGCCAUCAUCACCGGCGGCGCAGGCUCCCUGGGCCUAACCGUCGCGCGGGCCCUACUCGAACACGGCCUGACGGCGCUCGCCCUCCUCGACCUGCCGGCGACGAUCACCACCUCGACCGCCGCCCUGACCGAACUCACCACCUCCUUUCCCAACGCACAAAUCCACGCCUAUCCCGUGGACGUGACCUCCCCCGAAAGCAUCACCACCACCAUCACCACGGCCGUAACCAGCAUGGGCGGCGUCGACCACCUCCUCUGCUUCGCCGGCAUCGUCUCCUGCACGCCGUCGACCGGCGCCGCACCCGCCGAAUUCAGCAGAGUCCUCGACGUCAACCUGACGGGCUCCUUCCUCUGCGCCCAGGCCGCCGCGGCCCACAUGAUCGCCCAAGGUACGGGGGGCAGCAUCGUCUUCACGGCCUCCAUCUCCGCCCACGCGACCAACUUCCCGCAGCCGCAGGUGGCGUACAACGUCAGCAAGGCCGGGGUGGUGCACAUGACCCGCAACCUGGCGGCGGAGUGGGCCGUCCACGGGAUUCGGGUCAAUAGUGUCAGUCCCGGGUAUAUGGAUACCGUGCUGAAUGCCGGGGACGGACUGCAGCCGUUGCGGGAGAUCUGGGCGCAGCGGUGUCCGAUGGGUCGGAUGGGGGAUGUGGAGGAGGUGACCGGGGCGUUUGUCUUGCUGUGUAGUCCACGGGGUGGGAGGUAUAUCACCGGAGUGGAUUUGGUGGUGGAUGGGGGGGCGAUGACUUUGUGAGCACCCUAGGUGGAG